AAGGUAACCAUUAUUUACAUUUGCAGGCUCAGCAUGGCACGGACUCAAGAAGGCGGUUGGCGUUGGUGUGGAUGACAAAUGGGCAGAACACCGAGAUCAGUUUGUAAGCCUCGUCCGAGAGCUGAAGGCAGCGAUGCGAACUGAUAGCAAGCUUCUUUCUCUAGGAGUAUUGCCCCAUGUCAAUGCUACAGCUUACUAUGAUGUCCGUAACCUGGCACCCCAAGUGGACUUUGUAAACCUUUGGACUUUUGACUUCCGCACUCCCAAACGCAGCAAGGUUCAGGCCGACUACUCUGCCCCACUGUACUACAUGUAUGACCGCAAUCCCCAGCAAAAUGCUGACGCCCAUGUCACGUGGUGGAUUUCUAAUGGAUGCGAUCCAUCCAAGCUGAACUUGGGUAUCCCGACGUUUGGACGCUCUUGGGAGUUGACUACUGAGAGCCCAAUCUCAGGAGUGCCCCCACUGCUAGCUGACGGAGCCGGAGAUGAAGGCACAUACUCCAAGAUUAAGGGUACCCUCGCAUACUAUGAGACUUGCACUCGCGUUGUGAGCCCCACCAACGCCCGAGCCCCCUCCACCCUCCUGCGCAGAGUUACCGAUCCCACAAAGCGUCUUGGUACAUACGCCUACCGCCUGCCCCAGAAGGACAAGGAUGAGGAGGAAGGAUUCUGGUUGUCGUACGAGGAGCCUGAGACAGCUGCGUACAAGGCAGCCUACGCUAAGGCCAAGGGGCUCGGUGGUGUCGUGUUGGUCGACCUGUCUUUGGACGACGCUCGCGGUGCCUGUGAUGGAACCAAAUUCCCCAUCCUGCGCAGUGCCAAGAUGAACUUGUAAAUUCUACAAUUUUUAUAACUUCUUAACUAUUAAUUGAUGUACAUUUUUGAAUAAAGUUUUGUUUUAUUUUUCA